UUAAAUCCUUGAAAAUGUCGCUUUCACUGCAUUCUUUCAUCCAAAUCCGAAAUUAUGCGGUUAGGGGAACACCAAAGGUUUGGAAGGAGGAGAAGAAAGUGUUUGCAAAAGUUAAUUAUUACCCAAGACAUCCGGACCAUGCAGAUCCACCAAUAACCCCGAGCAAGCUCCUAGUGGUCCAGCGAGUGAAGCCUUAUGGUGGGAAUCCUUACUGGCAAAAGGCCAUACUUGAUUCAUUGAAAUUAAACGAAAAGUACAGCAGAACUGAGAGAAGCAAAAAGAGCGAAUUAAUUGUUGUGAAAAAUACUCCAGAAAUAUGCGCUAUGUUGUGGAAGGUUAAACAUCUCAUAAGGGUGGAACCCUUGAGGCAGCCGGCUAAGCUCCCAGAGGACGAUGAUGUGUACGCCACAUGGCUUUUGGAAAAUGGAGACUUGGUGCUUACCCCCCGAAUUGAUCCGGCUAGGGAACAAGCUACAUUGGAUCACAUAAACAAUCCCAAACGUCUGGAUCGUGAAACCCUGUCGUAUGAACUGAGAAUGAGGUGGUUGAAUCCUUGGGACACGUGAGCCAUAAAAAUAUUUUUCAGAUGGACAGAGCAAACAAGUGCAACAAGUGUUGAUUUUUCAACCUCUCAACAUGGAGUGUGUAUAUAGUUUAAGAGAAAGAUAAAGAGGAGAUUGAAAACAA